AGCUGUUCUGCUAACCAACAAGCAUUUCCUGCCUGAGAACUGGACACAGCUAUGGAUAUCGACGCGAUAUUGGAAGCGUUUCAAGAUUUUGAGAAAAGAGGGAAGAAGGAGACCUGUCCCGCUCUAGAGCAAUUCCUGUGUCAUGUCGCCAAAACAGGACAACCAAUGAUCCCAUGGUUACAGUUCAAAACAUACUUUUUAUUUAAGCUGGAUAAAGUGAUGGAGGAUUUUCAUGCUUCAGCGCCAGAGGAGAGAGACUCUCACAAUCCCAAUGUGGAAUAUAUUCCCUUUGAAGAAAUGAAGAAUAGGAUCUUAAAGAUUGUGGAUGGUUAUAAUGGGAUCCCAUUCACCAUUCAGCGGCUGUGUGAGCUGCUUACAGAUCCCAAGCGUAAUUAUUCGGGUACAGACAAGUUUCUCAGAGGUCUGGAAAAGAAUGUAAUGGUGGUAAGCUAUCUGCACCCCACAUCAGAGAAAAAUGGGACAUCGACGAUGAAUAGAAUGAAUGGAGUGAUGUUUCUUGGAAACCCAUCUCUAUAUUCAGAAAGCAGUCGAAAUGUGAAUGGGCCAAGUUUGUCAAAAACACUCAACAGACCAAAGCUGUCAUCGUCUUCACUUUCCACCAACGGGCUCCCAGAGUGUCCAGCCAGUAAAGAGCCAGAUGGAAUCACUGAAACAGAGGAGCAGCAUUCCAGUGAAACGCCACCUUCAGAAGACGAGGCGAAACCAAAACAUGGUAUAAAGCACAAACAUCGAGAAGAAGACGAAGAAUCCGAUUGUGACAAACAGGAGGCCAAGAAACGGAAGACUGGUGAAUAUGAUGACGAAACGGAAAGAGAAGAAAAUGAGUCAUCUUGUCAUAAAGAACCAGAGAGUUCAUCAGAUACACCAGAGUCAGAGGAAGACACUUGCGGUCAAGAGUGCAGCAGUGAAACAUUUCAUGACACACCCUGUAAAUCAGACAGUCAUGGGGAAAGCAGCACACCGUCUGAACCACCUGAGAGGGAAGGAGAGUUGAAUGAGGCUGGUGCUGCCGCCAGUGUUCAGAGCAACAUCUCUGUGGAUCAGUCGAAGCAAGCGACUCUAUCAGAGACACAUUCAACCUUCGAACAGGACAAUGCUUUGUGCAGCAGCAGUGAUGCAGAGGGCUUACCCAGUGAAAAAGUGUCCUGCAGUAAUUCCCCUGAGCUGCAAACAGAGGGUGGUGCUGAAACUUCGGACAGCGCAGAGACCUCAUUAGAACUGGGAGAACACAACUAACUUGAAAGGCUGGAAUGCCAACUGACUUGUUUUCUACACUGUAUGAUACAACCCCAAGGGUAAAUCUGUAGCACUGUGGAUCAUUAGGCUUCAGGACCAAGAGACAUGUGGACUUGGAGACUUCUUAGAAGGAUCUUGAUGUCCUCUUCUGUUUCAGCUUCUCACAGCCACUGGUCACCAGAUCUUUAAACUGGAAGAUGAGUUAACGACAUAACAAAGACUGCCUUUUUCAAUAUAUAAAACCUUUUUCUAACCUUUUUUCUUUCUUAAUUUUUAUAUUUGAACAUCUAAUUUAAUGUAGAUAAUGUAUUCAGUAAUUCCAUUAGUUAUUUGGUGUUUAUUUCCAAGGAGAACCAUUUGACAAAGUUGUUUUAGGCCAAGCACAGUAGUUUCAGGUUUCUUUUUUUGUAUUAAUGCUAUUCAGAGACGAUUGAGAACACCUUUAACCAAAAUGCUAUUCAGAGACGAUUGAGAACACCUUUAACCAAAAUAUCAUAUAUGUCUGCUUUUAUUUUGUAUAAAGCACAUAUUGCAAGUAUAUUCCCUGUGAUCGUACACUUCACACUCUUGAAAGCUGGAGAAACGUUUUGCUCCAUGUCCGUAUGAAGCCAAUACAACAAGUUGCCAGUUUGAGCCCUUUUGUUUGAGCAAUUUGGUUUGCUGUAAGGAUAGUCAUUUUCAAUUCAAACUCUGAAACAAAAUGCAAGGUACUUUUAUUUUCUUUGUGUCACACUGUAGUUGUACAGCUGUCUUUUUUUGAUAAUUGAGAUUUCUACAAUACUUAUCUGUAAAUAAGCUUUUGUAGUCUUGUAAUACAUGUCCACAUUCUUUGUAAAACUGACUGCUGGAAACCGAAGGCUUGAGCUUGUGUGAGAGUAUUCACAAAAAGCAAUAAAAGCUGAAAUUGGAA